AUGAGUUAAUAAUUUUAAGUGAAAGGCACCAAAGCAACAUAUAUAAUUUAUGAUAAGGUACUUGGAAAAGGAGCCUACGGGGUUGUUUUACUAGCAUAGGCUGUAAAUUCUGUUAACUAGUUUGCGGCAAAAAUUGUAAAAAAGUCAAUUUUCAUUAUUUAAGAUAAGCAAAAAAUCGCUCAGUCUAACUGAUAUAGUGAAUUUGAGGAACGAAAUAAAUAUACAAUCAAAGUUAUCUCAUCCUAAUAUUGUUUCAAUGGUUGAUGCUUUUGAAGAUAACGAAUACUUAUAUAUGUUACUCGAAUAUUGUAAUGGAGGAUGUUUAUUCACCAAUAUCCAACUAAGUGGGCCAUUAAGAGAAGAAAAGGCUUAUAAAUACUUUGUUCAAAUCGUAUAAGCUGUACAAUAUUUACAUUCAAAGAAUGUUCUUCAUAGAGAUAUCAAAGUAACUCAAUAUAUUUAUCAUAGUUAUCCAACCUACUUUUAACCCACGAAGAUCAGAUUAAAUUGGCAGAUUUUACAUGGAGCACAUCUAUUUCGAUGGGUUACGUGGCUCCUUAAAUAUGUGGUACACUAGAAUAUAUGCCCCCAGAAGUGAUAAAAAAUGGUUUUUAAAAUGAAAAAUUAGAUAUUUGGAGUUUGGGAAUAGUCCUCUAUGUAUUUAAAUGAAUUAUUCUUUAAGGAAAUGCUUCAUAAUGAUCUUCCUAAAAAUGGAUAGUUUUUUAUCAAACAUGGAAUUAGUGAAGAAUGCAAAUAACUGAUGAAACAGAUGUUAGAAGUGGAAACCUACAAAAGACCUUCAACUUCAGACGUGCUUGCUAGUUCAUGGAUCAAAAAAUUUUAGAGAAAUAACGGGUUAACAAUCAACACUUGUAGAAGUCUUUCUGGAAUUACAGAUAAAUUAGGAUCUCCUCAAAAGACUACUUUAAUGGGAUCUCCAAUGGGAUCUCCAUUGAGGACUGCCUUUGGUUCGCCCUUUGGAUCGCCUAUGACAUCACCUUUAAAUUCUCCAUUGGGCAAAUGCACAUUCGGGUCGAAACACGUGCCAACUGAGCCAGUCUCAAAAUAGAGAGUUAGCACUCAUAAACUUUGCUGA